AUGACACUGAGAGACAAUGCUUCAUACAGAGAGCUGUAUUUGAAAAGUUGCAAGUCUCAUAUUGAGAGACUCGUAGAAAUGAACGCGAGAGCAGUGCUUCUAUUUUCAUGUUACCUGCCCACAGAGAACUCAACACGUGGUCGCGACUCUCAGGGAUUCUUCUCCCAUUUGUUAGCCCAAAUCUAUGUUAACAGUGAAAGUGACACAAUAAUCGUAGCAGCCGAUUUUAAUUCACGAAUUGGGUCAUUAUCGGAUAUAUUAAGUGAGUUGGACUGUAUUCCGCAAAGAACAGUGCUAGAUAAAACAAUCAAUCAACAUGGACAUGCAUUUAUUGAAUUUUUAAACGAUGCGCGAUUCUGUGUUUUAAAUGGAAGAUUUAAUAUUAACGAUGAUAAUUAUACAUCUGUUUCCCGCAAGGGACGAGCUGUAGUGGAUUACUUGUGUGUACCGCAAGACAAUCUUCACCUAUUCGAAGGCUUUAAAGUUAUUACGGUACAGUCUAUUGUUGACGCGCACGGACUUCACGGAUUACUGGGCGAAAGAUCAAGGCUACCAGACCAUAACAUACUUAUCACGGAAUUUAACACUUUGAGUAGUGAAAAUGUAGGCCAAAGUUGUGACAAUCAUGAACGGAUUAACUGUCCCCGCUAUAACUUGCAACGAAUUCCCGUGGACUUCAUGUCAAGCGAUUUAUCCCGUCUGGCUCUGUUGGAUAUUAUAUCAAGUAUUGAGAGUAGCAGGGAAACACAAACUCAGGUAAAUAUUAUUUAUGAGAAACUGUGCUCCUGUAUCAGAACUGAAAUGAAUAACUCGGUGCCAAAAUUCAGUGACUCAAAACCUGUAAGAAAAAGAUACAAAAAUAAAAAGCCACUUUGGAAUGAUCGUUUAACGGAACUAUGGAGUGAUUUGAGCGCCAAUGAAAAACUUUAUUCCAAGUGUAAUGGUACUCGCACGGUGAGAAUCGCGAGUAGAAGAGAGUAUAUAGCUGUAAGAAAUACUUUUGACAAGGAAUUACGGACCGCGGAGCGUCAAUACCGGGCGGCGAUUGCCCUUGACAUUGAGGACACGUCAACAAAUAAUCCAAAAGACUUUUGGAAUAAAAUAAAUAAACUUGGGCCUAGAAAAUGUAAAGACAUUCCUAUUGAAAUCAUAGACAGCAACGGCCGAGUGUGUCACGACGAAAGUUCUGUAUUCGAGCGAUGGAGGUCGGAUUUUGAGAAUUUAUACCAUACGAGCGAUAAUACUGACUUUGACGAAGAUUUUUUCGACCGUAACAAAGUGCAUAAACAAUUAUUGGAACUAAACAUGUUAGAUCCGUUAUACUCUGAAAAUGAACAGUUGAACAGUAACAUAACAAUCGAUGAAAUAACAAAUAUCGUUAUGACGGCAAAGUCAAGGUCAACCUGUGGAUACGACCAAAUUCCAUACGAUGUCCUAAAAUUUCCUGACAUUAUAGUGGUGUUACAGCAACUUUUCCAACUGAUAAUGGAUACCAGUAUUAUACCGACUUUAUGGCGGAAAUCGAUUAUUUGCCCGGUCUUAAAGGACCCAACUAGCGACGCCCGUCUACCAAUGAACUACAGGGGUAUAAGUUUGUUAUCCUGCGUUAGCAAACUGUACAGCUCUUUCAUUAACAAAAAACUAAUCAAGUAUUUAGACGACAACGAUAUUCUAGCCGAAGAGCAGAAUGGAUUUAGACAUGGCCGUUCAUGUGAGGAUCAUGUCUUCACAUUAGAUAGUAUUAUAAGGGACCAUAACUCUGUAUUUACUGCUUUCAUAGACCUACGCAAAUGCUUUGACUUUGUCGACCGUGAAAUGCAAAUGUAUAAACUUUUGCUAAAUGGUGUCGAUGGAAAAUUAUACAAUUCUAUAAAAAGCAUAUACAAUCAUACAGUGUCAUGUGUGCGUAUUAAUGGACGAUUAACGGAGUGGUUCCAGUGUGUCAACGGGGUAAAACAGGGAGACAACCUCUCACCGACGCUCUUCUCGGUCUUCGUGAAUGACCUUGUGACCGAAAUCAACAACCUUGACCUUGGGGUCAAAAUCGAUGACACUUCGGUCUCAAUGUUGCUAUAUGCCGACGAUAUAGUCCUUAUCGCAAAGUCGGAAGCAGAUCUACAGAUAAUGCUUAACCAAAUGCAUGACUGGUGCAAGCGAUGGCGGGUUCUCGUAAACACAGAAAAGUCUAAAGUCGUACACUUUCGAAAAGGCCGCACACAACGGACAGAAUAUGAAUUUAAAAUUGGAUUGAAUGUGCUGGAAAUUGUAGACAAAUAUAAGUAUCUCGGUGUUAUCAUGCAUGAGAAACGCGACUAUAGUUUUCAUUGUGAAAUACUUUCAAAAAGUGCCGGGAGAGCUCUCUGA